GGAGAGUUGCGCUCCGAGUCCUUGCUCAUGGAUUUGCUCGUUCCGCAACAGCCUGGUUCAAAGUUCAGCCACAGAGGGACAUUGCAAGGACGCAUUCGAUACCCGGCUCAGGAAAGAGCAAAGGGGGAUGGCCUGCUAGCUCUUCGAAAGUUGCGGUGCUCUGGGGACUGUUUCAUUCACUGUUGGGGCCACAGCCAGAGCGGCUUCAAGGGCGAGGAAAAAGCGCGGGGGUCUAGCUCCCUCCAAUGUGUAAACAGGGGCAGUCACCUUAUGUUCGUUACUGUCUUCCCACAGGGGGUUGGACAUUUCGAGAAGCACGCAUGCGCGAGUUGGUUGGCAAGACACUGUCAACCAUUGAUCAAUAGCGCACCGCAAGCAAAAAGUAGCCUUAUAGUCUCUUGAAAACAAGCUUGAAAAACUAGAGAGUGAAAAGCAGCUGGAUCAAGGAUGCCGUCCCCGAUGGUAUACUUACGCCCACUCCUGCUUUUGGGGCUCGCACUCAGCUGGGGCCGUGCAGAGGGCCAGACACUCUCUGGCGAUCUGGCUGCGCUCCUGUCUCUCCAAGCAUCGUUCGCCCCAAACCCAAUCUUUGCGUCCUGGACCGGGAUCGAUCCGUGCGGGUCCCGAUGGAAGGGAGUCUUCUGCGCCAACGCGUCCGUCCUGCGGCUAGACCUGAGCAAGGCCGGGCUGUAUGGCAUCCUCACUCCGCAGCUGGGCAACCUCGUCAACAUGGAAGAGCUGUACUUGAAUGACAACAACAUUACGGGGACCAUUCCUCCGGAGCUGGGCAACAUGACGGACAUGGUCCACCUAUGGCUCCACGACAACCAGCUGACGGGGACCAUUCCUCCGGAGCUAGGCAACAUGAAGCACCUCCAAGAUCUGACGCUGAACAGGAACAACUUGACGGGGAACGUGCCCGCCACGCUCAGCAACGUCACCAACCUCAGCGUCUCCAACAACCGGCUGUGCAGCGAGACCGUCGGCAAUACGUGCACAAGCCCACCCUCCGUCUCUGAUUCCCCCACCCCGGCACAGAUCCUCAUUGGCCUGCUAAAGAACCCCCCCGUCGCGACUAUGCCGCCUCCUGUUGCCACUCCGACCCUCCCGCUGGCAAUCCCCCCAACCCCGGUGGUUAACCUAACCCUCCCGGUUAACACCACCGCAACGGUGGCAAACCAGAGCAUGCCGGUGCUAAACGCCACAGCACCGAGCAUCGCCUUCGCCCCUGCUCCAUUCAUGCCGAUAUCCGCACGGGUGAAUACCUCUAAUGUCGUCAACUCCUCUUCAGCGGCAGUAAUGAAUCCCCUGGCAAAGGGGAACGCGACAUGCGGUGGGUGUUACCCGUCGAAUACGACGCUAGGGCUGGAUAACUGCACGUGCGUGCUGCCCAACGUGUACUUCCUCCAGUUCAGCGAACCGGUGCUGGCAGACGUCCAGGCCAACAGCAGCCUGCAGAACACGCUGGUAGACACGCUGGCAUUCAAACUUGGACUGCAGAGGGCGCAGGUCCGGGUCGUCGACACGCGGGGGCCGCAAGUGCUCGCUGCAAUCCAGAUUUUGCCCCUGGCGGGCCUGCACCUGGACCUCGACCAGUCGGCCUUCCUGACAACGCGACUGGCAACCAACGCCGUCAACUUCACUGCGCCCUUCACGCCCUACCGCUUCCUCACCCCGUUGAACCCGCUCCAUCCAUUCCCCAUCUCGACCACCAGCAGCAAGAACGACGGCGUGCUGAUCGCCGUCUUCUUCGGCCUCAUCUACCCGCUCCUAGUUCUCGCCGGCACCGUCGGUUAUCUGUGCCUCUGGCGAAAGGGCGGACGCGACCGGCCGGUCCGUCGGGACAUGGAGCGAGGCGAGCUGACGGAAGCAGAGAAAGAUGCGUGGCAGCAGCGCAACUCUGGCAUCAUCCGCAGCAGCUCCCUCGAGGGCUCCGGCGGCGGCAGCGGCACCAACCCCUUCCGCGAGCUCAACGCAAACCGGCAGGUCUCCAAACCGGCCGGAUUCAAGAAGCCCGCCCCGCCCGCGUUUUCCGCCGACACCGAGAACGCGAGCGAGCGCGAUCACUGGGGCGGGCAGUGGGACCGGGUGCGGCCCCAGGUGCGGCAGUACACUCUGGCGUACCUGCAGCAGGCGACCGGGAACUUCUCCCGGGGGAUCGGGGAGGGCAACCUCGCCAAAGUGUUUGUGGGCCGCAUUGAAGGUGACGUGCCAGUGGCGGUGUCGUGCCUGCGCAACGGCGCCGUGGUGCGGGCCAAGGACUUCAGCGCCCACGUGGCGAUGCUGAGCAGCAUGGCGUCGCCGCACCUAGUUGCGCUGCUGGGCUACUGCUGCGAGGACGCGCACAAGAUCCUCGUCCACGAGCUGUGCAUCAACGGCAGCCUGCACGACCGCCUGCACGGUCAGACCGGUUCGCCGCCUCUGGACUGGAGCAAGCGCCUGCGCGUCGCCCGGGGUGCUGCCCUGGGCCUGGCGUUCCUGCACGAGGGCACCAACACGGCGCUGGUCCACACGGGAAUCAAGCCCAGUAACAUCCUCGUCGACCAGGACUUCAACGGAAAGAUCGCUGGUUACGGCUCCGCCUACCUAGCGGGCGAUCUGGGCGCGAGCGCGCCCGUGCUUGGCAGCUUUGCUUACCACGCUCCGGAGAUGACGUCAAGCGGCAUCGCUUCGCCCAAGAGUGACGUAUUUAGCCUGGGGGUCAUCCUGCUGGAGCUGCUCACGGGUCGGCGGCCCGUUGACACCAGCCAGCCCAAGAGGCAGCAGAGUCUGCUCACCUGGGUCCUCCCGCAGCUGGAGGGCAGCGGCAAGAAGUUCUUCUCCUUCGUGGACCCCGCGCUGAAGCACACCGUGUCGCGCCCCCACCUCGCGGGCCUCGCCGCGCUCGCCAAGCGCUGCCUCGAGGGCGACCCCGCAGACCGCCCCACGGCCGCGGAGGUCGCCCAGCAGCUGGGCACCCUCGGCCUGGACGAGACCGUGGAUCUGGAAGCCAGCGUGGGGUCCGUGAGCACCAAAGAUUUGCUGCGGCGCGAGGCGAAUCGCAGCCCCCUGAGACGGACGAUGACGCCCAUGGAGAAGGUCCCCGAGGCGAUGUCCGAGGUGGACCUCAGCGGGGACGACGGCAGCCGCGCGGUCGCGGGCCACAAGCACGCCCGCCACGGCAGCCACUCCGGCGGCCGCCAGGCCGGCUCCUACGCGGGCAGCCUUCCCCGUUCCGGUUCUUCCGGUGGGCGGAACGCUCGUCCGGUCAGCCCCGCUCCGGGCCGAGGCCCCGACCGGAUUCCGGACCCUGCCAAGCGGAAGCCCGCGCGCCUUGUGUCAAACAGCGGGUCGGGCGCGGGCCUGACUGCGGAGCCGGAGGGCGUGCGCGCGCGCAGCGCCCCGCGGAGGCCGCCGGCCGCCGCCGAGAAUCUGUUGGAGGAGCAGCCGUUGACGCCGCCGCCCAACAGGAGCAGGAGCCCAUUCGGAUGGGGCUCUGCGGCCAGUAGAAACCGGCCCGCCCCUGAGCCGCAGCCCAGCCCUCCCCCGGUUGCUCGUCCCGGUCACAGAAGGGCGACUUCGGGGCAGGAGAACGAGCCCCCUGCUGCCGCCUACCCGGAAAGCAGGAGGCAACCAGGUCACGCGCGAGGCGGGUCUGAUAUGAACAGAUACUAGGCCAAGUGCAGUUUUUGAUCGCCAAGUUCGGACGUCAGCAUCGACUCGACUUGAGAUUGGAGGCAGUUCGGAGAGUAAAGCGUCGCUUUUGCUGUGGGCCCUAUGACUCGUAGGGCUCCGACUGCAGUUUUUAAGGUAAUGACAAGGGGUGCUGCUCGUAUACAGCUUCACUGAGACGGAGGCUCGGCUGGUAGUACGUACCGGGGUAAUUCAAAAGGACAUGCUAGAAGUCAAGAGCAUCGACCAAUAUUGAACGUUCAGCUGCGGCUGAAGUACGGAUACGUCACUACUUUUUGAAAUCAAUCAGAAAGUAGCUCCACUGUUCCUUUACCUGCAAAUCUGCA